UCUUAAACUACUUCAAUGGAUGGUUUGUGAAUGAUCUAUCACCAUUUUGAAUUAUUUGUUUGAAUGUGGCUUCCAGAUCCAUAUUUCUGGUUAGUUUAUUUUGGUUGGUGAUUUUGGUAAUGUUGAAAAAAAUAUAUUAUGUUGAGUUCUUUGUACCUGAGCCGUGAUAUGUUUGUUAUAUAAUGCAAGAACAGAGGGUGCGGUUGUUAUGGACAGCUCUGAUGAUGAAACGAAUGGUGUAAUAGUGAAUCACAUUACAAAAGAGCCUUGUCGCAAUUCAGCACUCAAGAGUACCAAGUUCAUCGAUGAAGUACUCAGUGGUCAAAGUGAACUUUGUCGUGAGAAUUUUCGCAUGGAUAAACAAGUCUUUUACAAGCUGUGUGAUGUUUUACAAGCUAAAGGUUUGCUACGUCAUACAACUAGAAUCAAGAUUGAGGAGCAGUUGGGAAUAUUCUUAUUCAUAAUUGGCCACAAUCAACGGACUCGAGCAGUUCAAGAGCGGUUUCGGUAUUCUGGUGAAACCAUUAGUCGACAUUUUAAUAAUGUUUUGAAUGCAAUUAUGCAGAUUUCUACGGAUUUCUUUGAGAAUCCAGACUCUAAUAUCCCUCCAGAAAUCCUACAGGAUCCCAGAUUUUAUCCAUAUUUCAAGGAUUGUGUGGGAACAGUAAAUGGGAUACACAUACCAGUGAUGGUUGGUGUUGAUGAACAAGGUCCAUUCCGCAACAAGAAUGGAUUUCUUUCACAAAAUGUUCUGGCAGCCUGCUCAUUUGAUUGGAGGUUUCAUUAUGUUCUUGCCGGCUGGGAAGGUUCAGCACCAGAUGCGCGCGUACUGAGUUCAGCACUCACAAGACGUAACAGCCUUUAUGUCCCUGAAGGUAAAUACUACCUUGUCGACACCAAGUACCCGAAUAUGCCAGGUUUCAUUGCCCCAUAUCAUGGUGUUCGUUACCCACUGAAUGAAUUUCCAAGCGGGUUUGGUCCACAAGAUGCGAAAGAGCUAUUUAAUCAUCGGCUUUCUGUGUUACAGAAUACCACUGAUCGCAUCUUCAGUGUCUUAAAGGAGAGAUUCCCUAUUUUGCUUUCAGUGCCUCCCUACCCAUUACAGACACAGGUGAAGCUGGUUAUAGCUGCAUCUGCGAUACAUAAUUAUAUCCAAAAAGAAAAAAAGGAUGAUUGGCUACUCCUAAAAAUGCAUGAAGAAGAGAGUGAGCUAAAUGUAGAAGAACCAAUGAUGCAGGUUGAGAUGGAACCAUUGACAUUAACUGAAACAGCAGCAGUAGAUAUUGCUUGUGAUGAGGAACAAUUAGAGAUGGCUUUGCAAUUGCGGGAUUCAAUUGCAGCUGAAUUAUGGAAUGACUACAUGCUUGAUUUAACAAGCACAUAGGUUUUUUUUUUUUUACUUUAUUUGAUGUCAUUUCACUAAUCUAGUUUAUUGUCAGAUUUGCCUCUUCAGACUAUCUGUAUCCUAGUUUUUGACUCUGUACAAAAGGAUCUCUGUUUAAUAGUAAUUUCCUACUAUACAAAAAGAACUCC